AGGAGACGCACAGCAGCCGCGUCGGAGCUGCGAAUGCUAAUACGGGAUAGGACCUGUACGAUUUAUACGCCGUUUUUACUUUUAGUUGAUUAAUGAACUUUUUGAAGAUCCCAGACACUGCCUCUUGGAACUUUUAUCUCUCGGUGAACUCAAAGGAUGUAUUACUGCUAAGUUAACACUUCAAAGAGAAGUUGGGACAAAUUUCCACCGAGAUGGGGGGGAAUUAUAAAGUUUGGAUAUUUUUACCAAUUUUAUUCUUGGUCCAUAAUUGCGAAGGAUUCCGCUGCGUGGAUAAAUACAGACCGUGUGACAAUGGAGGAACGUGCAUAGACUCACCCUCGCGAUGCAUAUGUCGGCCGGGGUACAUCGGCCCUCUGUGCCAAAGCCUGGACCCCUGUCACCGGUCGCCAUGCCUCAACGGAGCCGCCUGCAAGAGCCAGGUGGCCAACGGAAUGCCACAAUUCACCUGUGUGUGUCAGAGAGGGUUCAGAGGUCAAGACUGCUCCCUCAUAGACGCCUGUGCCACCAGCCCCUGUGCCAAUGGUGCCCGCUGUGCCAGUUGGAAUAACCACUAUAACUGUUCCUGCCCGCCCGGGUUCCAGGGGAAGAACUGCCGCAACGAUAUCGACGAGUGCCGCAAGUCUGGCGUCUGUCUCAACGCAGGCCUCUGCAUGAACACCCAUGGUUCCUUCCGCUGCCAGUGCCCACCUGGGUACAGCGGGCGCACCUGCGAGGUGUCCUCCCUGCCCUGCGCCCCCUCCCAGUGCAUCAACGGGGGCACCUGCCGCCCGACCGGAGAUCACACCUAUGACUGUGCCUGCCUGCCAGGGUUUGAGGGACACAACUGUGAGACGAACGUGGACGACUGCCCAGGGCAUAGGUGUAUGAAUGGAGGCCUGUGUGUGGAUGGAGUCAACACCUAUAAUUGCCAGUGCUCACCUGAGUGGACAGGUCAGUACUGUGCAGAGGAUGUCAAUGAGUGCCUUAUGCAGCCCAACGCCUGCCAUAACGGAGGCACCUGCUUCAACACCAUCGGGGGGCACACCUGCGUGUGCGUCAACGGCUGGACGGGAGACGACUGCAGCGAGAACAUCGACGACUGUGCCACCGCCGUGUGCUUCAACGGCGCCACCUGCCACGACCGCGUGGCGUCCUUCUUCUGCGAAUGCCCCGUGGGGAAAACCGGUCUGCUCUGUCACCUGGACGACGCCUGUGUCAGCAACCCGUGUAACGAGGGCGCCGUGUGUGACACCAACCCCCUGAACGGGCGCGCCAUCUGCACCUGUCCCGCCGGCUUCGUGGGCGGAGCCUGCAACCAGGACAUGGACGAGUGUUCCAUUGGUGCCAACCCCUGUGAACACUUUGGGAAGUGUGUGAACACGGAGGGGUCCUUCCAGUGCCAGUGUGGCCGAGGCUACGCCGGUCCCCGCUGUGAGAUCGACAUCAACGAGUGUCUGUCCAUGCCCUGCCAGAACGAUGCCACCUGUCUGGACCGCAUCGGAGAGUUUACCUGCAUCUGCAUGCCAGGCUACAUGGGGACCUACUGUGAGGUGGAUGUGGAUGAGUGUGAGAGCAACCCUUGUGUGAACGACGGUAUCUGCCGGGACAUGGUCAACGGCUUCACAUGCACCUGCCAGCCAGGGUUUACUGGCACCAUGUGUCAGAUCGACAUUGAUGAGUGCGCCAGCACGCCCUGCCAGAACGGAGCCAAGUGUUACGACCGGCCCAACGGAUACGAGUGCCGCUGUGCUGAAGGGUACGAGGGCACACUGUGCGAGAGCAACACCAACAACUGCCAGCCCGACCCGUGCCACCACGGCACCUGCGUGGACGGCAUCGCCAGCUACACGUGUAACUGCGAUGCGGGCUACACGGGUUACCGCUGCGAGAACCAGCUGAACGAGUGCCACAGUAACCCCUGCCAGAAUGGGGGCAAGUGUGUGGACCUGGUCAACAAGUACAUCUGCCAGUGUCAGCACGGUACCUCAGGUACCAACUGUGAGAUUAACUUUGAUGACUGCGCCAGCAAACCAUGUGACUAUGGCAUCUGCAAGGACGGCAUCAACCGCUACGACUGCGUGUGCAAACCAGGCUUCACCGGCCCUCUGUGCAACGUGGAGAUGGACGAGUGCUCGUCCGGACCCUGCAGGAACGGGGGGACGUGUGUGGACGAGGAGAACGGCUUCCACUGCCAGUGUCCCGAGGGCUUCCAGCCUCCCUACUGUUACUCUCAGGUGGACGAGUGUGGCAGCAACCCCUGUGUGCACGGCGCCUGCAGAGACGACAUCAACGGCUACCGCUGUGACUGUGAGCCCGGCUGGGUGGGGAAGAACUGUGACCUAGACCGUAAUGACUGUCUGCCCAGCCCCUGUCAGAACGCUGGCACCUGCAUCGAUCAGCUGAACGGAUUCACCUGCAAGUGUCGCCACGGCUUCAGAGGUAACCUGUGCCAGGUCAACAUCAACGAGUGUUCGUCCAGUCCGUGUCUGAACCAGGGCACGUGUGUGGACGGCGUGGCCAGUUUCACCUGUCUGUGUGAGCUGCCCUACAGCGGGCCCACCUGUGCCGACGUGCUCACCCCCUGCUCCCCCAACCCCUGCGCCAACCAUGCCCUGUGCACCAACACACCUGACUACCUGGGCUACCAGUGCAACUGCCAGCAAGGAUGGCAAGGUCAGCUGUGCAACAUUGACGUGAACGAGUGCAUCGCCAACCCAUGUAAGAACCGUGGUACCUGCACCAACACACUGGGAGGGUUCGUGUGCUCCUGCCGCGGCGGCUUCACCGGGCCCAACUGUGAGACGGACAUCAAUGACUGUGCCCCUAACCCGUGUCUGAGUGGGGGUUCCUGUACGGACGGUGUGAACUCGAUCCGCUGCAGCUGUCUGCCAGGCUUCACGGGGCCUCGCUGUGCCGUGGAGGUCAACGAGUGUCAGAGCGCCCCCUGUAAGAACGGAGGCACCUGCACAGACUACGUCAACAGCUACACCUGCACCUGCAGACCUGGCUUCACUGGCAUUAACUGUGAGACCAACAUCCCAGACUGCACUGAAAGCUCAUGCUUCAACGGAGGUACCUGUACAGACAAGAUCAACGGCUACUCCUGUACCUGUCGCUCAGGCUUCACAGGCUCCCACUGCCAGUAUGAGGUGAAUGAGUGUGACUCCCAGCCCUGCCUCAACGGAGGGGUCUGCCAGGACGCUCUGGAGUCCUUCCGCUGUUCCUGUCCCAAGGGAUACACAGGCAACCGCUGCCAGAUGCCAGUGGACUGGUGCAGACGCUCGUCUCCCUGUCAGAACGGAGGGCGCUGUCGUCAGAAGGACGCCUCCUUCUCCUGUGAGUGUCUGGGAGGCUGGUCUGGACGCUACUGUGACAUCCCUGGGGUUUCCUGUGAGGUUGCCGCGCUCAAGAGAGGCCUCCAGACAGACGAGCUGUGUCAUCAUGGAGGUCACUGUGUCAACACAGGCAACACCCACUACUGUAAGUGUCCCGCAGACUACUCAGACAGCUACUGUGAGAGCCAGGUGGACCACUGUGAGGACAAACACUGUCGCAACGGCGCCACCUGCAGGGGCUACGUUGGAGGAUACCAGUGUGACUGUAUGCCAGGCUACACCGGAGAGAACUGUGAGAUGGAGGUCAACGAGUGCCAGUCUCACCCAUGCCAGAACGGUGGCACCUGCAUUGACCUGGUGGGACACUACAUCUGUUCCUGCCCACCUGGCACCUUGGGUGUUCUGUGUGAGAUCAACGAGGAUGACUGUGCUCCUCCUCUGCGGCUGCGCGGGACUCCUCCUAAGUGUCUGAACAACGGUACCUGUGUGGACAGAGUGGGGGGCUACCGCUGUAACUGUCCCCCUGGCUUCACUGGAGAGAGGUGUGAGGGGGACAUCAACGAGUGUCACUCCAACCCCUGCAUCCCCGCCAACAGUCUGGACUGCAUCCAGCUCCCCAACGACUACCAGUGUGUCUGCAAGCCCGGCUUCACAGGUCGGCGGUGCCAGAGCAGGUUCAGUGUGUGUGAGUCUCAGCCCUGUCAGAACGGAGGGGCCUGUUCUGUCUCCAGCAGCUCAGCCCUGGGAUACGCCUGUACCUGUCAGCUGGGCUAUGCUGGGAACAACUGUGAGAGGAGCAUGUCGUGUCGGGAGUUGUCUUGCUAUAAUGGAGGUAGUUGUGCUCUGACCACGCGGGGCGCCCGCUGUACCUGCCUGACAGGCUAUGCCGGGCCCCAGUGCCAGCACCGUAGUAACGAGGGCUGCUCCUCCCAGCCGUGCCGCAACGGAGGCCUCUGCACCGAGGAGACCAGCUUCCCCUUCUUCCUCUGCCAGUGUGCCCAAGGCUGGAUGGGCAAGCGCUGCGAGCAGGGCAGCACCAGGCUGGUAGAGGCCCUUCUGCCGCCCGCCUGCCCCCUGGCCGACUGCCACGGCAAGGCCAACGACGGUGUCUGCGACAAGGAGUGCAACACAUUCCCCUGCCGCUGGGACGGGGGCGACUGCUCGCUGGCGGUGAACCCGUGGGCUCGCUGCACCGAUCCGCGCUGUUGGCGUGUCUUCAACAACAGCCAGUGUGACGAGUCGUGCAACAACGCCGACUGCCUCUACGACAACUUUGACUGCAAGAACAAGGAGAAAAUCUGCAAUCCCAUCUACGAGGCGUACUGCAUCGACCACUACGCUGACGGCCGCUGUGACCAGGGCUGUAACUCAGAGGAGUGUGGCUGGGACGGGCUGGACUGUGCAGGGAAGGUUCCAGAGAACCUGGCUGACGGGGUGCUGGUCCUGGUGGUCCUGCUACCCCCGGACGAACUCGUGAAUACGGCCCCUGCCUUCCUGCAGAAGCUCAGCGCCAUCCUGAGAACCACCCUGCGCUUCCGCCUGGACCACAACGGAGAGCCCAUGAUCCGACCCUACACCCGUCGAGAGGCUCGCCUCAAACGAGAGCUGCAGCCCCACCAGGAGGUGAUUGGGUCCAUAGUGUACCUGGAGAUAGACAACCGUCUGUGUUCCCAGCGGUCUGACGACUGUUUCCCGUCGGCAGACAGCGCAGCAGACUACCUGGGAGCUCUGUCAGCCGUGGAGAUGCUCCGCUUCCCCUACCGCAUCAAAGAAGUCCGCGGUGAGAAGAUCCCAGACCCUGUAGACAUGCCAGAGUGGGGCAAGCUGAUGCUGGUGGGCGUGGCAGCCCUGUUCCUAUUGGUCAUCCUGGUGGUGGGCGUGCUGAUCGGCCGCAGAAAGAGAGAACACAGCACCCUGUGGUUCCCCGAGGGCUUCUUCCCCAAGAAGGAGCCCAGCAGCAACAAGAACCGCAGGGAACCCUUAGGCCAGGACGCACUGGGCAUGAAAUACAUGCCCAAGACGGUGGAGGAGUCUCUGCUUGGCGACCACAGUGACUCGUGGAUCGACACAGACUGCCCCGAGGCCAAGAGACUGAAGGUUGAGGAGCCCAGCAUCCUGUCAGACAGUGAAGACACUGUAGACUGUAGACAGUGGACCCAGCACCACCUAGCGGCUGCAGACAUCCGCAUGCCCCCCUCCAUGGCCCUCACCCCGCCCCAGGGAGAGUUCGACCAGGACUGCAUGGACGUCAACGUCCGAGGACCUGACGGAUUCACCCCUCUGAUGCUGGCGUCGUUCUGCGGAGGCGGUCUGGAGCCCGAGCUCCCCGAGGAGGAAGAGUCAGAGGAGUGUUCCGCCAACAUCAUCUCUGACCUCAUCUACCAGGGCGCCACAUUGGCCGCCCAGACGGACCGCACAGGAGAGACCGCCCUUCACCUGGCUGCCCGCUACGCCCGCGCUGACGCCGCCAAGCGGCUGUUGGACGCCGGGGCCGACGCCAACGCGCAGGACAACACAGGGCGCACGCCGCUACACGCCGCCGUGGCAGCCGACGCCCAGGGGGUCUUCCAGAUUCUGAUCCGAACCCGGGCUACAGACCUGGACUCUCGUAUGUACGACGGCUCCACCGCCCUGAUCCUGGCUGCCCGCCUGGCCGUAGAGGGCAUGGUGGAGGAACUCAUCACCUGCCACGCAGACAUCAACGCUGUCGACGAACUGGGUAAAUCUGCUCUGCACUGGGCAGCUGCUGUCAACAACGUGGAGGCCACCAUGGCCCUGCUGAAGAACGGAGCCAACAAAGACAUGCAGGACCUCAAGGAGGAGACGCCUCUCUUCCUGGCGGCGCGUGAGGGUAGUUGUGAGGCGGUCAAGGUCCUCCUGGCCCACUUCGCCAACAGGGAGAUAACCGACCAUAUGGACCGUCUGCCUCGGGACAUCGCCCAGGAGAGAAUGCACCAUGACAUCGUUCAGCUGCUGGAUGAGUACAACACAGUGAGGAGCCCCCAGGGCCACGGAGGGGCCCCACACCACCUGGCCGGGGGACACACCCUGUCCCCCCUCAUGUGCCCCCCCAGUGCCUUCAUGUCCGGCCUGAAGAACACCCCCCAGGGGAAGAAGAGUCGCCGCCCCGGGGCAAAGGGUUCAGGUCUGGGAGGGCAGCAUGCCCAGAACCUGAAGGAUUCAGCUAAGGCCCGCAACAAGAAGCUGACCCUGGACAUGCAGAGCGCCCUGCUGGAGAGCUCUGUCACCCUGUCCCCCGUCGACUCCCUGGACUCCCCCCGCGGAGGAGCUAACAACGCCGGCUACAUCACCAACCCCUGCUCCCCGGUCGCCAUGCCCUCCUCGGGGCUCUUCCACUCCUCCAUGUCGGUGCCCAGCACUCCCAUGGUGCACAGCAGCAUGAUGGACAGCUCUGGCCCUUUCGCUGUGUCUCUAGCCCAGCUCAACGACCUGGGAGAUGGAGGCAUGUCCAUGCAGGGCCGCGUGUCCAUGGCCAGUCAGGUCAACCAGGGCCCCCACGGCUAUGUGCUCAAUGCCGGCCAGCUGGGGCUCAACAUGGGCCUGGUGAGCCCUGUCAGCGUGCCCUUCGACUGGCACAGCCGCAUGCCCUCCUCCUCCCAGUGCGGGGGACAGGUGGUGAACCUGGUCCACAGCAGCCAGGCGGGCAUGCACCCUCAGAGCCCCAUGCAGCAGCAGCAGAACAGCCUCAUGAUGCAGCAGCACCAGCAGAACCUGUACCGCAGCGCCCAGCAGGCCAUGCUGCAGCCCACGCCUGUCAUCGCCAGCACGCCCAUCUCCCACAGCCCCGUCAAGCUGCCCUCCAUCUCAGAGCAGCAGCAGCAGCUCCACAACCACUCCAUGGCCAGCCAGCAGAGCCUCCGCAUGGGCACCUCCUCCCCACCCACCCCCCAGACGACACAGCCCCCUCCAGCCUUCUUCCAGCAGCAGCAGCAGCAGCCUCCUCAGCCCCAGCCAGCCACUCAGCCCACCUCUCCACAGGCCUCCCAGGCCCCUCCGCCCCAGGCCAGUGGCAGCACUGCAGGCUUGGAGGACUACCCCACCCCGCCCUCCCAGCACAGCUACUCCUCUGCCCUGGAUGCCACCCCUAAGCAUUACCUCCGCCUGUCCAGCGAGCAUCCCUACCUGACCCCCUCCCCAGAGUCGCCCGAGCCCUGGUCCAGCCCAUCCCCCCACUGUGUGUCUGAUUGGUCAGACUCCACCCCCAGCCCGGCGGUGGCCGGUCCUGCCCAAACCCAGAUUCCCCAUGUCCAGGAAUCCAACGGCAAGAUGCAGGUGUUUGCAUGAACCCCCAAGGCACCUGGUUAACACCUGGUUAACACCUGGUUAACACCUGGUUAACACCUGGUUAACAGAGACCUGCCUGGGGGAGAGGGGAGAGGAGACGACUGGCUGUAAAGGCCUGUGUGUCUGGAGUUUGUGCGUCAGCCUGGUUCCAAGAUUUCCAUUGGAUUUGGAUUGACUGUGUUUUAUCACGAGGACCGUCUGCUAGUGUUGUUUGCAGAGAAAGAGUAAAGGGAAAAAUGUGUUGUCUGGAUAUAAAAGAACAGACAAUUUAAUGAAGUAAGACUUAUUCUGUCACAGAUGGACUUGUUUUUUUAUUAUUAUAAAAAGUAUAUGAAGAAAUCGAAGUCUUUCAUUUCAAAGACUUAGGGAUGCUCUCCUGAAAAACUAACAAACCUUUUAAAAAGUAGAUCAAAGAAAGAAAAAAGCAACAAUGUUGAAGGGAAUUCCUUUAUUUUUAUUUAUUGUUUGUUUUCUUCUCUCAGAAGUGCCUUUUCAGGUGUUUUCUCAGCCUCAUUCUGUCCUGUCCUCUCACACAGUUUUUCUCACUCACCUGUUACAUGUCUUGGGCUCACCUGGGUCCAGUGGUGUUACAAGGAAAACGACUAGUGAUUCAGUCACUCUCUCUCCACCCAGCCCACCACCACCACCGGUGUCUAACACUCUGUAGGCAGAUCAACAUGGGGUUCAGACAGGAAGAGGAAGAGAUCCCGCUUCUCUUGACUGAUGUUAUUUAUUUAGGCCAACGGGUAAAACGAUCAGAUUGGCUUGGGAACAAAUAUGUACUCUUCUAAGUUGGCUGUCAUUAGUGAUAUUAUGUUCUGAUUUGAUGAACUAGGAAAAAAGGACUGAUUAAGUAUUAUGUGUAACAAUGUAGAAUGAUGGGCGUCUCUGAAGCACUUGACGGGACAAAGCGAUGGGAGGGAGGGUGAUCAGGGAGGUGGGGUUCUGACACUGCAAUGAGGCACUCUGCUUAUCCCACACACAAGAGCCGGGAAGGCUUUUAAACAUUCAUUACAGUACGUUCAUUGGCCAGUGUUCAGUAAGAGGGACAACUCAACAAAAACAUUGAUGUGUUAAAAGUUUCAACUUCCCAUUGACUUAAGCUACGUUCUCCCCCAGGCCGUCUGCCUGUCAGUCCCAGGCCGUCUGCCUGUCAGUCCCGGGCCGUCUGCGUGUCAGUCCCGGGCCGUCUGCGUGUCAGUCCCGGGCCGUCUGCGUGUCAGACCCGGGCCGUCUGCGUGUCAGUCCCGGGCCGUCUGCGUGUCAGUCCCAGGCCGUCUGCGUGUCAGUCCCAGGCCGUCUGCGUGUCAGUCCCAGGCCGUCUGCGUGUCAGUCCCAGGCCGUCUGCCGUGUCAGUCCCAGGCCGUCUCUGUGUCAGUCCCAGGACGUCUGCGUGUCAGUCCCAGGCCGUCUGCCCGUCAGUCCCAGGCCGUCUGCCCGUCAGUCCCAGGCCGUCUGCCCGUCAGUCCCAGGCCGUCUGCCCGUCAGUCCCAGGCCGUCUGCCCGUCAGUCCCAGGCCGUCUGCCCGUCAGUCCCAGGCCGUCUGCCCGUCAGUCCCAGGCCGUCUGCGUGUCAGUCCCAGGCCGUCUGCCCGUCAGUCCCAGGCCGUCUGCCCGUCAGUCCCAGGCCGUCUGCCCGUCAGUCCCAGGCCGUCUGCCCGUCAGUCCCAGGCCGUCUGCGUGUCAGUCCCAGGCCGUCUGCGUGUCAGUCCCAGGCCGUCUGCGUGUCAGUCCCAGGCAUGGCUGGAGUCAUCCUAGUUAUUAGUCUCAUUGGUCCUGGUCUAAAGGGCUUGCCCCCCCAGUCUGCCAUCACUACUUCAGUCAUGCAGCUUGUUUUCACUCAUUCUGAACAUUCAUUCAGAUGAGGGCAUUAUUAUGCCAAUUCUAAAAUCAGCCUUGUCACUGCCCUUUAGUUUUGGUUUUAACUCAGUUAUGUGUUGUUGUUUUUUUACAUACUGUAUAUGUGUUGACACCAUGGUUACUAUUUUGAACAUCUCCUCGGUGUACUAAGCUAUGUUUAUCAGCUGCUAUUCCUUUACCACUCCCCUGCAAACAUUCCUGCAUGUUGCCUGUCAGUGUGAUAGCAGAUUUUUUGACUGCUUCUAUUCUAUUCUUUGAUCUUUUUGUGUAGCCUGAGUCCCACAUCUGCUUGUGCUCUCUUGCCGACUCCAUUGCGGUCAUUGUUAUGCGUGCAAGACCGCACACAUAGAUCUGGGACUCAGGCUAGCUGUCGCGUUGGCCAAUAGAAGCACAUUCUCUUGCGGUUCCACUGGUAACUGAGGUGUUGGUAUGUUCUCCUGCGGUUCAGUUACGGAUAAGUCUGUGGACUGAUUCCAACUCUGGUGCGCUGCAGUCGUGGUCAGUCAGUCGGUCAGUGUGAGGGCCUGGCUGGUGGGUCGGGACUGCUAGUGCUCUGUCACUCCUCAGGGAGGUGCUAUACUACAGCAUGCAGAGGAGCGUUCCCCUGCAUCUUUAGCAGCUUGCACCCCACUAGCCACAGAGAGGACAUUUACAUAUGACUUGUUAGAAGACGUAGAAGGAGAGAACACUACUAUGUAGUGCUGUACCCCCCUACUGUAGCUCUUCACUAUGGAUGUCACUCCCCAGGGAUCCAACUAACCCUCACAACCAGACCACUGCUGCUCCCUGGAUAGGAUACUUACUACUGGGAAAGCCAAUCAGAUCCUCCUCCCCUGUUCGAUUUCAUUACUAUGUUUCCUUCACUGGUCCAAGCCUGUUCACUAUAACCAGCUACUACAGUACAGUCAGACCUGGGAGGUUUCUGGGUUGGACUGAUACUAGGUUCAGAUUCCAGUUCAGGGUUCAUUUAGUGAAGUGUUUAUUUGUUGUCCUUUGAUUUCCUUUCCUGGCGACACUACUAUGCUCUGUCUGUACAUUUCAGAUAUCCCAACUUCUGUCUGUAAAUAAUGUUUGUCCUGGGUAGAUUUACUUGUUUAAGAUGCAUCUUAUGUUUCUAUAAAUGAUUAUGUACUAAAAAGGACAAAAAUAAAAUGUACUUCCUUUUAGGAUUAUUGUGAAAAUUGAGGAUGUGACUGAUAUUUUAUUGGUCUUGUAUUAUUAGAAGUCAUAGAUAUUUUCUAUCAUUAUUAUUAAUUCCUAUACUUGUUUAAAAGUAGUUUAAAAAUCAUUGUACAUAAAAAAACUGUUCCACAAUGUUUCUUUCUACAGACAAAAGUUGUAAAGUAAGUCAAUUCUAAUAAAAACUGUAGGGAACUACA